AAUUCCAACUGUAAAUAAAUCAAUUACUCGAAGGGUUCCUUUUCCCGGUGCAAGAAUCGAGAGAUUUGCGGCUGCAAUACAGACGCCAUUAGCAAAGUUGAAAUCGACGCGGCAAAAUCAAAGCUAUAAUGAGAUUGAGAAGGUCAAUUGGCUCUUUGACUUCACCAUCCUUCCCUUUUCCUUUUGCCGUCUGAAAAUUUGGCUUCCCGAUUUGCAUCUGAACUUGCAGACCAAUCAUGUCCGGAAGAUCAUCAAAUCGCUGCACCCUUUACGUAGGUAAUUUAGAUGAAAGGGUAAGCGACAAGGUUCUUUAUGACAUUCUAAUCCAAGCUGGGCGGGUAGUAGACUUGCACAUUCCUCGGGACAAGGAAUCUGGAAAACCCAAGGGUUUUGCUUUUGCAGAAUAUGAAAAUGAGGACAUUACCAACUAUGCUAUUAAGCUUUUCUCUGGUCUCGUGACUCUUCAUAAUCGUACCCUGAAGUUUGCAGUAUCUGGGCAAGACAAGCCUUCACCUAGUUCAUCAUCAAAUAUAUCUCAUAAAUCGAGGUCACAUAUUGUUUCAGAUUACUCCAAUGAAACAUCUCAGUAUUCGAAUCGCUUGUCAACGUCGUGCAGGUUUUCAGCGUACCCUGAGAACCAUCGAGAAGCUCUUCUUCACCCUGGUUUAGUUAACCAAUAUAAUGGGUAUGGAUUUCAUUUGGACAACUAUAAUAACGAGUACAGUCAGCGAUAUUCUAGGACAACUUUGGAUAGCUUUUACCAAACUUAAUCACGUCGCCAUGAUACGAGUUAUCCAGUAUACUAUCCUCCUCACGAACUUUUGAACUAAGGCAGCUAGUGCCUUCCAUUUUGGUUAAUCUCAAGUUUAAUUUAAGUUUUAGGCAAAGCUGAAUCUCUUAGAUGGAUGCAGAAGGGUUAGUGGAAAAUGAUAUGAUAUUUGCUAUGGAGCAUGCUGGUCUGUGUUAUUCAAUACAGUCAUUUUGUAGGUGCACGUGUGCAUAUGAUUUGGCUGUCGUAAUAGUCAUUACACUAAUUGAAAAUUGAAGUAUUGUAAUCGAUGUUGUUAAAAUAUCAGAAUUUCUUUAAUUCCUGUUUAAUAUAUAUCAAAGUAUAAAUGAUUCUUUUCACGGUGACUGAAAGUAAUAGCCUUUUGUUUGUAUAUGUUGAAUAUUUACUUGAGCCAAUGUAUAAAUAUAUCAAUGUCUGCAAUUAUUGGGGAUGCUUUUAUUAUAUAUUCCCCCUUUCUGAGAUUGGUUCAUGUUAACUAGAAGUGUUUGUAUAUACUAGCAUUGACUAAAUAAGCUAAGCUAUACUGAAAAUCAAAUAAGGACUCCCCUAAAUCCAGUGUAUAACGAACCGAACAAGCCUUCUAAUCUAAGAGCUUUUCAUGGGGAUUGAGUGGAAGUUGGAAAAACCUAGGAAGAUUCUCAUGCAGUCUGACGGGCUGAAUACUAGAUCGAUAGGCUUCCUUUUAUAUAAAAAGUUCUUAUUGUACCAACUUUCAAAGGCUCUAAGGUAGAAAUAAGGUAGAAUGGUUUCAAUGGCUAGAGAUCCCUCCAUUGCCCUUUCCUAUAGCGUAAAAUUUUCAACUGACAUUUCAGUGAAGUGAAGCUAAGCUACAUGAACGCCAAAGCAUUUUGGUUUGAGUUUAUUGUCAUUUCUGCCUUUGGGCAUUCCUGAACUGAAAUACUUGGUAGGUUAAAAUUAAGAUAUCAUGGCCUGUCAUUGCCUGCCCCCUCAAUAUAAUGAACAAAAGUAUCUAGAAAAAUACACAUUUGCUGAAAAAAAAAAAAAAAAAUUAAUGUCAAGUUCCAAAAUGAGAAUUGACGGCCCAAGGCCACUGCUAGCAGAUAUUGUCUUCUUUGAGAUUUUUCUUUUAGGCUUCCCCUCAAGG